AACGCCCCCGAGAAGCACGGUGCAGGGGCGUUAGGCCUACAACGUCGGGGCUGCUGCUGCGUUUGGCGGCAACAUGUGUCGGCAAGGUGGAACCGUCUGCUUAUGGAGCUUCUCGGUUCUCGCUGCAGUCGCCGUGCUCUUCGCUAGAGGACAGAAACCCAUACCGCACGGAUGUGAUUUGGAGAGAGAAUCCAAGGGAGCUUCCAAAUGUGCUCGAGAGAACUUCAAAGGAAAGUUUGACCAGGUGAUGGCCGAGAAGCUGAUAAUCGGUUGCAUCACCGGAAACCUCACCAUCGCCGAAUUUCGAAACCGCUGCCGGGAGCCCCCAUUGGCUGGACGUGUCGUGCGUUGCGUCGGAGGAACACUUCCGCAGAUCAAGUUCGUCGAACCGCCGUCUAUGCAAGAUCUUGCCACAUUUCAAAACUGUGUCGUUAAGAACAUUUACCCAAAGGCGAAUCUCUUCAGGUGAUCCCCGUGCGACGGCUAUACUAAAUAAUAAAACGCUCAAUGUCAUGGUUGUCGUGACGUUCGGCACA